AUUGUGGACACCUUAUACUUAAGCCUCCGUCAGUCUCUUGUUUUGACCGAAGACGUUGGCAACUCUUAUUAACCCGCAUACUCCCGCUUUACACUUUACCACACUCAGCUCAUCAGCUCGCGUCCAGUUAUAUCCCACGCCACUAAACAGUUCUAACAGUUGCAAUUUUUUUUUUUUUUUUCAGUUCUUCCGUUUUAAUUUUUUUUUAAAUUUUUCGUGAUUUUUUUGCAAGUUUUUCGACCGGUCCGAUUGCGCGCGCUUUUUGGUUCAGUUGAUGCGGUGACUCUGGUGCUUACAUAAAUGUGAUUUUCUCCUCGAUAUAAUCUGGUGGUCUUCAGAAAAUAAAAAUAACAAAAAAUACAAAAAAACGUGGGUUAAAGUAUUUUGCAAAAAUGUGAUUUUUCAGUUCGACAUUCCGAAAUCAGGCCUCUCCACUCCGAUCUCACCGGCCACCCACGGUCGGAUUUUCUGUUCCUAUCUGUGAUAAAGCAUCAAAUUUUUCGUUCAUGAAUCUGUCCACAAAUUGGCACCCAACAUGAGAAUAGACACGAUGAACUUUUCCCCGGGACUUGCGCAUUGUGACCGAAGCCCCGACCCCGAGCGGAGAGCGAAUGAAAAAGAAGGCGGAAAAGCGACCAAACGGACGAGACGCGUUAAAAAGCGUAAAAAACAAACAGAAGUGUCAGGUGAAAUGGGUUCACCACAUUACAGCCUGCGCUGGAAUAACCACCAAAGUCACAUACUCCACGCUUUCGAUACACUCCUCCAGAGUGAGGCACUAGUCGAUGUUACCUUAGUUUGUGAAGAAACCAGCUUCAAAGCUCACAAAGUCGUAUUAUCAGCUUGUAGCCCAUAUUUUCAAAGGAUAUUUUGUGAGACACCGUGUAAACACCCUGUGAUUGUCCUGAAGGAUCUGAAAGGAUGGGAGGUUCAAGCCAUCGUAGAUUUCAUGUAUCGCGGCGAAAUCAGUGUCGGUCAAGAACAGCUAGCGUCACUGAUAAGAGCCGCGGAAUCGCUACAGGUGCGAGGUCUGGCACACACAGAGCCGAUCCCGAUGGAUAGCAAAGAGAACAACGGUCGAGGUUCGACCCCGAGCUACUCGCCUGCCCCGAGCGUGAGCAUGUUCCCCUCGCAACCGCACACCCCGCAACCGGGGCAGUUCGACCCCCGACUCGCCUCACAUAUCAAUUUCGCCGACUCCAUCGGUGACCACCACAGGCAGUGCUCAUCGCCCACACCCAGGAGGAAGCAGGCUCGACCAAGAAGGAGGUCAGGAGAAUCGUUGGGCCCCCAAGAUUUACGCAAAGGCUCCUCUCCGAUCAAGGAAUCUUGUGAGGGAGCCGAGAACCUCUGCAUCAAAAGAGGCUCCUCAGUUUUAGGCCAAAACACAGCAAUACCUCCCGCUCGACCAAAUAGCACGCCUACCCCUUCCCAGUUUUUACCGUUAAAAAUGGAGACUGAAGACUGUAGUGAGAUGAGUCCACAAACUCAGCCUGUCGAACUGACGACCACUCCGUCCGAACACAUGAGAGAAAGAGAACGAGAAAGAGAGAAAGAAAGAGACAGGGAUCGGGACAAAGAGCGGGACAGAGACAAGGAAAGAGAAAAAGAAAUCAGCCGAUAUGAUUAUCCUCAUCCGCCUCCAAAUAAUAUAGAUAGUCUUUCACACUUAGCACAUCACGAAUCGUCUCCCUUAGAUAAUCCUUCUUUCCCACAUUUGGCGUCUAUUUCCGCACUAUCUCUGACUCCUCCUCAUAUGUUUUCCUUGGAUUCGCAUUUAGGUUUAUUUCCAGGCAUGGAGAGCUGUCGAAACGCACUGAUGAACGACAUUAAUGAGUCUAGGCACGAAAAUCAUCAUAUUUCUUCGAAGAAAAAAAUGGGCCGACCGAAAGGACAGCACAGCGCUCCCCGGGGAGGCCCGCCUCGAUCGUGGACUAACGCCGAGCUGACGGAAGCCCUCUCCCACGUCUGGAACAAGAAGAUGACGACGUCACAGGCCUCCCGGAUAUUCGGGAUCCCGUACAACAGCCUCCUCAUGUACGUCCGCGGGAAAUACGGGAAGUCGCUGAAACUAGAACAAUUGAAGAAAGAGUGCUUCGGGGACAUCAACGGGCCGCUGGACCUCCUGGGGCUGGGCUCCCUGGCGGCCAACAACAACAACCAGAGCGUCAAGUCGCACAAGGGGCCCGAGCCGGACCUCAUGCUCGGGCCGCCCGGGUUCAACGCGUCGUCCUACCCGACGGCCAACUUCUACCCCGACUUCUCUUCCUCCUUCCCCGUCCCGGUGGGGAUGGUCCACCUGUUACCGCAAUCCGAGAAGAACCGCGAUUCGUCGCCGCCGCGCCAGCUGGCCAUCGACUUCGCGAAAGAGGAAAACCAAAGACUCCGGUCGACCCCCAUCGACUACACCAAAGAGGACUCCGUGCGGAGUAGCCCGAUCAAGGACGACUAUCACAACUCCAUGGACGGCGAGGAGGAGAUGGACGCCAGCCCGCGCUCCAACCACGAGAUGACCCCCCAGCGACUCAUCGAGCAGAACGGGAAGGAUUGACAAGGCUUCUUCGUCGAUUUCACGCUGGCGUCGUACAAGAAUUUGAUGAGUCAAGUCAAAAAAUAAGGUAUCCCCGGUAGCAGUGGCUGUUGAAAAAUUGUGAGAAUCCGAAUAUGAAAGCGUACGUUUCGAGACAUGGUGAAUUUUACGUGAUUUAUUGUGGAAAUUUGUGAAUUAGGAACCCCUUUCCCUAGCAGGGGUGUCAUUUCAACCACGUUUUGGCAAAUGGGGGUGAAAAUUGUUUAGAAGAGGAAUAAUUGGACUGCGUUUUGAAAUUUAGAACUAUAAAUUCUAGCCCGGUUUUGAAAACAACGUA